AUGUUGGCAGCAGGACAUCUGGCACCAACAACCACAUCACGUUCAAAAUCACUUAGCUAUUCCUAUGUUUCAUUAAUCACUAAGAAGCCUCCUGUGUACUCUAUGCAUCCUCCUGACCUGUCUGUGUGCUGUACACAUCCUACUGACCUGUCUGUAUGCUGUAUGCAUCCUCCUGACCUGUCAGUGUACUCUAUGCAUCCUCCUGACCUGUCUGUAUGCUGUAUACAUCCUCCUGACCUGUCUGUGUACUCUAUGCAUCCUCCUGACCUGUCUGUGUGCUGUAUACAUCCUACUGACCUGUCGGUGUACUCUAUGCAUCCUAGUGACCUGUCUGUGUGCUGUAUACAUCCUCCUGACCUGUCUGUGUGCUGUAUACAUCCUCCUGACCUGUCUGUGUACUCUAUGCAUCCUAGUGACCUGUCUGUGUGCUGUAUACAUCCUCCUGACCUGUCUGUGUGCUGUAUACAUCCUCCUGACCUGUCUGUGUGCUGUAUACAUCCUCCUGACCUGUCUGUGUACUCUAUGCAUUCUCCUGACCUGUCUGUAUGCUGUCUGCAUCCUCCUGACCUGUUAGUGUACUCUAUGCAUCCUCCUGACCUGUCUUUGUGCUGUAUACAUCCUCCUGACCUGUCUGUAUGCUGUAUACAUCCUCCUGACCUGUUAGUGUACUCUAUGCAUUCUCCUGACCUGUCUGUAUGCUGUAUGCAUCCUCCUGACCUGUCUGUAUGCUGUCUGCAUCCUCCUGACCUGUCAGUGUACUCUAUGCAUCCUCCUGACCUGUCUGUAUGCAGUAUAUAUCCUGCUGACCUGUCAGUGUACUGCCUGCAUCCUCCAGACCUGUCUGUGUGCUGUACGUAUCCUCCUGACCUGUUAGUGUACUCUAUACAUCCUCCUGACCUGUCUGUAUGCUGUAUACAUCCUCCUGACCUGUCUGUGUACUGUCUGCAUCCUCCUGACCUGUCUGUGUGCUGUAUGCAUCCUCCUGACCUGUCUGUAUGCUGUAUACAUCCUCCUGACCUGUCUGUGUGCUGCAUGUAUCCUCCAGACCUGUCUGUGUGCUGUACAUAUCCACCUGGCACUGUGUGCUGUAUGUGUUCAGCUAUAGUUGUUUGCAGUAGUAAGCAGAUAUACCCAAUAAACUGGCCACUUGGUGGUGAAUUAUUUAGUCAAAAACAUUCCUUUUCAGGGUAUCGCAUGUUUCAAAUGCAUUUUAAACUAAACAGAAAAUUGUAUUUGCAUAUAUUUCUGCCUGAUUGGUGUAAUAAACUGUCAAACUGAAUAAAUGAGACAUUAAUUCAAUCAUAGGAACAUGAAAUCAUCUUCAAAGCAUUCUCAUGCGGAAACUGAAUUAUUAAGCUGGAAAACAGCUGACAUUUAAAAUUUUUCAUGCUCAGUGUAAUGCGGGGGUGGCGGGGAGGGGCAAGUCCAAGGCCUUGGCCCGGGAUACCGGGCUCCUCUCCUAUCCCAAUGCAACGGCUAACCAUCCACUCCUUUCUCCUCCUGUGCCCUAACCCUGCCUUCUGACCUUUCACCUCCUCUCCUCUAGAGGGCAGGCUGGCAGCGUGACGUCAGUCCCCGUCUCCCCUCCAUCCAUGGCCCAUCCUGACUCCAUCUCUAACCCUCUCCCCACCUUUCUUGUGUC